AUGCUAAAAACUAUCUUCAUAUCACAGCUUUUAAAAAGAAAUAUCCAAUUAGAUGGAUACACCUCAUCAGGAACAACAAUUCAACUCACUGAAGCUGCCGAUUUCACACGUGAAACCGAUAUUUCGGAUUAUAUUUCCAAAAACUCCAUUGUAGCAAUGACCAUUGGAGGUGAUAUUACCAAUAUACCAUAUACUGGUGGCUAUAAAACAUUUCAGCUUGUAAAAACCAUUACUAUUAACUCACCAAUUGCACAAAUUGCUGAACAUGCCUUUCAAUUUUCAUUGAAUCUUGAAGAAAUAGUACUUAAUCAGCAAAUAACCACAGUUUCCAGAUUCGCAUUCUCUCAUUGCGAGAAAUUAAAGACUAUAAAUUUAGAUUUUGUCAACAAUAUCGAGUUUGCAGCCUUUGAACACUGCUAUGCAUUAGAGUCCAUAACAGUACACAGUUCAUUAAACAUUGGCGAUCACGCAUUUAGGUUCUGCACAGCUCUGAAAACGAUCAAUAAUUUCGAAACAGAAACAUUCGUUCUAGGAAGACUUUGCUUCUACGGAUGCACGAGUUUAGGCAUCAAGAAGAUCGGAACCAACUUUGAACCCUCGAAAUCCGAUACUCAACCGUUCAUUAAAACCGGAAUUACGACAUUAAUAAUCAAUACUAACAGAAAGAUAUUAUUCUGCAACAGUGCAAGUCUUACAACAGUUGUAUUCUCAGAUACAAGUCGUGUUACAUCGAUUUAUCCACAUACAUUUGAAAACUGCACAAGUUUACAAACAGUUACAUUCAACAAUGAAUUAACUGCGAUUCAAAGACUUGCAUUUGCAAAUACAGCAUUAACAACAAUCAAUUUAAUGAAUGUUAUUAUAUUAGAACCAUUAGCAUUCUACAAAUCCGGUGUUCAAGAGAUAAUUUUCAACAAAAACAUUCAUAUAAGAAAAAUGUGGGAAUUCGAAAAAGUUAUUCCAAGUAACAACGAUGUUUAUGCCGAAUACGAUGAUGUAUAUGUUAUUGAUGAUAGAUACACAGCGAUUACGUUUGAUCCAACACAAUACAUGGAAAUCGAAUUCAAGAAAGAUUUCAGACCAUUAGAAAAAUAUUCAGCAACAAGAUUUUGUGUAUUUUUGAAUGAAACAAGAUUAUCAAAGAUCAAAUUAACAAGUUCCGUUUCACAGUUUGAUGCAUCAAUGUUUGCUAAUUGUACUUUGAAUUUAUUUGAUAUCGCAGGAAACAGUAAUUUCUUGUAUGAAGAUGGUUCUUUGUAUUCAUCAACGAAGAAAGAAUUAUUAUGUAUUGUUACUAAACAAGAUUUAGUUGAAUACACUGUUCCUUCAUCUGUAGGAAUCAUUGGUCCAUUUGCUUUGACAUUUAAUCUAACAAUCAAAACAAUAUCUGUUUCUUCAUCAGUUGUUCAAUUUGAUUAUGCAUUUGGAAAUCUUUUUAAUAUGGAAAACAUCACAUUCCAAGGUUCGAUUUCUGAAAUUCCUGAUGGAUGUUUCUUCUGUUGCCAUUCACUCAAAAACAUAAUCAUUCCAUCAACUAUUACAUCAGCAGGUGAUGUAUCAUUCGCUUUCUGUUAUUCACUUGUUAAUUUGAUGUCGAAUUCAUUUGAAAAAAUUGGAAAAGGUUGUUUCGUUGGAUGCCACAAAUUAAUUUCUGUUGAUUGCUCAAAGAUUGAAAACUUGAAUGAGUUUACUUUCUAUCUUUGUUUAGGAAACACCACAUAUACAUUUGGUGACAAAUUAGUUAUUAUUUCGAAGAACGCAUUCUUCAUGUCAUCAAUAACAUCAUUCACUUGUCCUGCAAAUGUCAUUUCUAUUGAACAGCAGGCAUUUUCUCUCUGCAAGAAAUUGACAUCAGUCACAUUGAACUCCAAUUUAGUUCGAAUUGGAAAUGAAGCAUUCUCAGGAAGUGGUGUUAAAAACAUCCAAAUUCCAAAUAGUGUGAGAUCUAUCGAACAAACAGCUUUCGAUAACUGCAAGAAUGUUUCAUUUUCAUUUGAAUCAGGUGGUCAUCCAUUAUUUGAUGUUGACAAAAACUGUUUCAUUUAUAAAGCAACAGGAAACCUUUUGUUCACAUUUGGUGAUACAUAUUAUAAGUUCACUGUAUCAAACAAAGUCAGAGAAGUUAUGCCAAACGCUUUCCGUUUCAGAACAGUUAAAAGAGAAAGAAAUGAAGGCGGAUUCACUCUUUUCUCAGGUGUAAAUACAUUAGUUAUUCCUGAAGUUGUCUAUGAUUUACAAGACAAUGUAACAUAUAAUCCAUAUGUUAAAAGUGUCUGUCUUGAAGGAGUUCCAAUGCUUAACUUGUAUUUCCCAAUAAGAAUGGAUUUGUCUGUUUUCGUAACUAACAAAUUUGCAUAUGGAUCAUACUACAAUUAUCCACAACUCUUACACGAGAUAUGCAAAGAUACACAUGACUCUCGUGUUGACCCGAGAAGAUAUGAUAGAUUGGAUGGUAUUUAUGAAGGAAACUGCUCAGAUUAUAUCAAUGAUACAUAUAAAUCUGAUGUUUCAUAUGAAGAUGUCAGUGAUCCACUCUUUGGAGGAAACUUCCCUUACAUCAACCAGAAACAGGCAAAAGCUAUUUUCGAAUAUGUUGGUGUUUCUCCUCUUUAUGCUUUCUUAUUUAUUUAUAUCACAGUUAUUACACUUGCUCUAGUAUUUUCUGCUCUUUACAUGACAAGAAACUUAUAA